AUGGACUUCAACUACACCAUCAAAGCGUUGAGAACCAAGAAGAAGCUUGAUGCAAAGCCAAUGACUCAUACGGACUUCUGCUACACCAUCAAAGCUUUGAGAAGCACGAAGAAGCUUGAUGCAAAGCCAAAGCCUCAUACGGACUUCGGCUACACCAUCAAAGUUUUGAGAAGCAGGAAGAAGCUUGAACUAGAACCGCAACUGGAUCUUAAAAGCCUAAGUAGUGUUGACUUGUUAGAAGAUACCAAUUCAAAGACUCAUACUGACUUCAGCUACACCAUCAAAGCUUCGAGAAGCAAGAAGAAGCUUGAUACAAAGUCAAAGACUCGUACGGUCUUUGACUACACCAUUAAAGCUUUUAGAAGCAAGAAGAAGCUUGAUAGAAAGCCCAAGACUCAUACGGACUUCGGCUACACCUUCAAAGCUAUGAGAAGCAAAAAGAAGCUUUGUUAG